AUGUCCAUCUUCUCCAGCCUCCGCAAGAGCCGCCGUCAGGCCAAGGAGCACGCCGCCAAGGUGGCCGAGCAGAAGCGCCAGGAAGAAGCUGGCCGCGAGCCGUACCGUCACGUCCCUACCCACGCUGCCGCCGACGCCAUAGCAUGCGCGCCGCCCAGCUGGAGGGAGCAGUCGGACCGCCCCAAGAUUCUUGAGCAGAACCGCCGCCGCAGUGCCAUGGCUGCUGCUGGACACAACAUGAGCAUCCCCGGCAUCCCUCGUGUUGGUAGCUCUCUAUCUCACGUCUCCUACCCAGGCGAGCAGGUCCCCGUGGCUAUGCGCCUCCCUCGCGCCCAGAGCUACACCAACAUGUACCCGUACCAGAACCGCGGCGAUGUCAUCUACUCCAUGCCCGAUGCCUCGCUGUCCCAAGCCUCGUGGAAAGGCAAGGAAGUAAACAGACAAUAUGCCUACGGCUACGAUACGCCGCGCAUCAGCCCUACCCCCAGCAAAGACCCUCACACACGCGAGCACUCAUCCACCGGCUCAACAUCGUCUCAGGACGAGCUCGAGAUGAAGCCCACCACCCGCACCGCCGACGCCGCCCCCGUCCACCGUCUUCACCCCAGCCACAGCCGCCGCACAUCAGACGCCUCGGAUAAGCAGUACACCACAGCGCCCAUCAAGCCCGUGUCGACAUCGCACCAGGCACGCCCUCCUCCCACCACCCGUGGCCGCCCUACCUUCAUCACGGGCUCCGCCUCUGUCCCGGCCCUCUCAUCCUCGCCAAACGGCAUGUCCUCGCGCCCGCCAGUGACCAACCGCCACAGCUUCAACAACCGCGACUCCCUCAAGACCGUCAGCUUCUCGGGCGGCGACUUGGCCGUGGAGAUUCCCAGCCCGCCCUCUAGCCGCCGCACAUCGCGAGACCGCCGCACACGCUCCCGCAUGAUGGAGAUGGAGCGAGUCGACUCUGUUUCUGAUGAGGUUGCCGCCGCCACUGACGCCGCUCUAUCGACAGACCCAGACGUCCAGGUCCGCGUGUAUCGCGAGCAGCAGCUCGUCACUCCCCCCGAAGAGAUGGCCAAUGUCUUCCCGGAAGCCACGUAUGUCGAGCCCAAGCCCGCGCCCACCAAGAACAAGCGCCUCAGCAAGGUCCAGGGCGGCAGCAAGCCUGCCAAGAAGAACCGGUGGUCGUUCUCGCGACGCGCCGAAGUUGCCGUAUAA